CCAAGGCCUUUGGGCACGCGCAGGAAGCCAUGUGUCCCGUUUGCUAAGCUUCCCGACUUUGGCGGAGGUGCUUUUGGUGAAAGCCUUUGCCGUUGAGAGGCUCCCCCGAGGGGGGGGAAAAACCUGAACAAGUCUUGUUAGAAAGGAGUCAAAAGGGGAUUCAAAAACUAAUGUUGGGAAGAAAAAGAGAUUCCUGCUCCUCUACCUACAUUUAGCAUCAUGACCCGCCAUAAACAGAAAAAGUCUAGUAAGAAAUCCAAACAUAGCAAGAAAAAGGAUGCAAAAUCACGUAGGAAAAAAGAUUCAGGAGUACCUCAACUGUCACGCUUCAAAGAACAUGUCAAAAAGGAACUGGCCCUAAAAGAGAAAAGGGUGAAAGAAAUGCAGGAGCGGCAACAAAUGGCACGACAGAAAGAAAUUGGCCGAUUCCGGAGCCUGGAAGGUUUGCAGAAGGAUGCCUUGCACAGACAGCAACGCUUUGAGCAGAAGGAGAGGGAUCUGAAGCAAUUGGCCAAACAUGCCCUGCUGGAAAAAGACAGCUCCUGCAAGGCGUAUUACAAAGAGUUCAGGAAGGUAAUUGAAGCAGCCGAUGUGAUCUUGGAAGUCCUUGAUGCUCGGGAUCCUCAAGGUUGCCGAUGCCCCCAGGUUGAAGAGGCAGUGGUGCAGGCUGGAACCAACAAGAGAUUGGUUUUGGUGUUGAAUAAAAUAGAUCUGGUAUCUAAAGAGAUCGUUGCAAAAUGGCUGAAGUAUCUGAGGAAUGAAUUUCCUACAGUGGCCUUUAAAUCCUCCACUCAGCAACAGAGCAAAAACCUGCAACGGAGCCAUGUCUCAGUAACUCGAGCAUCAAGUGACUUACUAGGCAGUGCAGCCUGUGUUGGGGCAGAUUGCCUCAUGAAGGUGCUUGCAAACUAUUGCCGGAAUCAGGAUGUCAGGACAACAAUCACCGUUGGAGUUGUGGGCUUCCCAAAUGUUGGCAAAAGCAGCUUGAUCAACAGCUUGAAGAGGAGCCGAGCUUGCAAUACUGGUGCCACUCCUGGCAUCACCAAGUCUCUGCAAGAAGUGCAGCUGGACAAGCACAUAAAACUCCUAGAUUGUCCAGGGAUUGUCAUGGCUUCUCCCACUUCAGAUGCAGCCAUGAUCCUGCGAAACUGCAUCAGGAUAGAACAACUGGCGGACCCUGUGAGUCCAGUGGAGGCCAUCUUGAAACGAUGCAACAAGCAGCAGAUUAUGCAGCAUUUCAGUGUGCCAGAUUUUCAGAACACCAUGGAGUUCUUGGCGUAUUUGGCCAAGCGACAGGGCAAGCUGAAAAAAGGAGGAAUACCAGACCAUGAGAAGGCUGCCAAAGCAGUGCUAAAUGACUGGACGAGUGGAAAAAUCAGCUAUUUCACACAUCCACCCGAGACACACACUCUUCCUACUCACAUCAGUGCUGAGAUUGUGACGGAAAUGGGCAAAGCCUUCGAUUUUGAGGCACUGGAGCAGGAGAAUGAGAAGGCUUUGGCUAAUUUAAUCUCUGGUCCUUUGGGAAUCUCCUUGGAGGGUUCAGGCCUAACUAGUGGGGCAGAAAUUGAAAUGCCUGAGGAAGAAGGGCUGCAUAUUACAGAAGAGGAGGAGACUAAGAUGGAAGAAGAUGAGAAUGAUGAGUUUGGCCCAGUGACUAUAGAGCUGAAGUCCAAGAACAAGACUCUAACAGAAGCAGCCGAAGCAGUGCCCAAAGCACCUAAUUUAGGGGAGAUCUCAGCCUUGGACCCUCUGUACCAAGGGCAAGGCCUCCGGGCGGCAAGCAAGAAACGCAGAAAGCGUCAGAAACGAGCAGACAAAAUUGCAACCAAACUAUCUGCAAGCCUGACAGCAGCCAUGAAUUUCAGCUUGAAGGAUGACUGAGGAAAAUUGGAUGCUGGGCUGCUAUUGAUCUACCUCAGGAAGGCUGUUCCAGCACAGCACCCAUAGGAACAAGGACGCAAAGCAGUUCCCAUAAAACCCACACAUCAUUGUGGAACAGACCUCUGCAGGCCUAUGAAGAACUAAUGAGCUGUUUUGCCAAGAAAGUUUAUUGAAGAGGUUAAAAUCAAACUCUUAAAAUAAGGGUGCAAUUGCAUUAACAUUGUCUCAGAUUUGGCUCUUAAUAUUACAGCAGACUGACAGAAAAGAAAGUCUCGUUCCAACUCGGUCUCAAGUGUCUCCAGUGCCAAAUUUGAUUGAGCAGAGGUAAAAGCAGAUGUAGAGUUCGCUCUUCUAAGAGCAUACAGGAAUGCCGUUCUUGGGAACAGUGACUCAGGGGGACACUUCAGUUCUAGUCAGAGUUGCAAAAAGGAGGAGGUUACUGGGCCAAAUCAUGUAUGGGGAAAAAUUCUAGACUUAAUUAAAAUUAAUUUAAAAAACUCUU